UAUCGUGUAAAAGUCGUCAUUUCAUAAAUGAGAAUCAUUUACCUACCAAAAAUAAAAAUAAUUUAUAUUAAAUUUCUUAAAAAAUAUUUUGAAUAAUGAAGUUUGCACAAUUUAAGUGUCAUUUACAACUGCUAUUUUGUUCAGUUUCAAUAAGUUUUGUUGAGAUUUUAAUCGGUGGUUCAUAUGUAUUUUCAUCUACACUUUUGACACAACUUCGCGAACCUUCAUCAAAUAUAAAAUUAAAUAUUGAACAAGAAUCUUGGAUUACUAGUAUUUCAAUGCUUCUAACACCUGUUGGUUUAAUCAUAACUGGAAUAACAGCAGAUAGGAUUGGAAGAAUAAAAGCACUUCAAAUAUCUUUCAUACCGAUGACUUUAAGUUGGCUAACACUUACGUUUGCUAACUCCUAUACAACAAUUAUGAUUGGAAGAAUUUUACUAGGAUAUCCUUUUGGCGUGAGCAGUUGCAUGUGCCUGUACAUCGCCGAAGUGUUUCCGGUCCACCUUCGGGCGCUGCACACGGCUGGGCCGUCGCUAUUCGUAGGCAUAGGCAUGAUGCUGGUGUGUGUACUGUCCAUGUACUUCCGGUGGCAGACAAUAGCAGGCGUGCUGUGUGCAUUGAGCGUCGGUGGCUUUGUCGUGCUGUUCUGGGUGCCGGAACCGUCAAAGUGGCUCCGGGCCAAAGGGCGGGACGCCGAAGCUGAUAGGGUGGACGCGUGGUUCGACCUCGGCCGCGUUGACCCAGCCUUUGCCCGGUCCGGUAGCGGAAAUCCUUCCAGGGAGGUCGGCGUAAAUCGCUCCGGCGAUGGCGGAAAUCCCUCCAGUAAGGCGUCGUGUUGGUCGUUGUACGCGCAGCCGACUGUCUGGAAGCCCACACUCGUCACGCUGACGUUCUUCGUCUGUCAGCACUGCAGCGGCGUGUACGUGCUGAUGUUCUACACGUCCGACGUGCUCCGGGAUUUCCGAUUGCCGUGGGACAGUGCCACCGUGGCCAUAUUCCUGGCGGCCGCACGCGUGCUGGGUGGCCUCUGCUUCGGCAUGCUACACCGCAUCAAGCGCCGCAAUCUGCUUGUAAUCUCCGGCGCCUUGAUGGCCGCGUCGCUGGCGUUCAUCAUUGCGUAUAUCACGGCAUUCCAGCACGUCGAACACCCGCCGUACGCCGGCACGGUGGUCGUCGCGUUCGUCGCGUUCAUGUUCUUCGGUCUACUGGGCAUCGUUCCAAUGCCUUGGAUACUCAGCGGCGAGGUGUUCCCAAUAGCGAUUUCGGGUGUCAUGAACGGAUUUAUUCAGACGUUUGGAUACAUCUUAUGGUUUUUGGUUGUCAAAAUGUAUCCAUCGUUGGUGUUACAAUUUGGAAUAACAUGUAUCUGGUCGAUAUUCACUUUAUUCUGCAGUUUGAACAUUUUAUUCGCAAUAUUUAUAAUGCCGGAGACAAAAGGAAAAUCUCUAGACGAAAUUUUAUCGUAUUUUGAAUCGGAAAAGAAAACUAAAAACCUCUACUACGUGCCGUAAUAAUAUUUUAUAUUUUAAUUAUUAUUAUUAUUAUUAUUAUUA